AUGAAGUUCAGCACUAUUGCUAUUUACCUUUCCGCCAUGGUCGGAGGCUCCGUUGCCGCCACCAUUAAUGAACGUCAGGCGGCUCCCGCACCGCCAGGCCCAGCACCCCCGACUCCCAAGGUCAUUCCUGUUCUAGUCGGCAGCCCGACCCGCGAAAAGUCACUACUAUUCUAUCCCGAGAUCGUGAGAGCGAGUCCCGGCGACAUCGUACAGUUCCAAUUCUGGCCCAAUAACCACACCGUCACCCAGGCCCCCAGCAAUGAGGCGCCAUGUAUGCCACUCCAAGAUCAGAAUCCGAAUGCCGUUCACUCCGGGUUUAUUCCUGGUGUCACUGAUGGGUCUCCCGUUGGCACUUUCAACGUGCAGGUUGAGAACACUGAGCCGAUGCUCAUGUACUGCGCCCAGGGAAUGCACUGCCAGUUGGGUAUGGUUAUGAUCAUCAACCCUAAGGCAGAUGCGGAUGUUCAAGCCUACAAGCAGGCCGCCGGAAAAUCGCAGGCGAACGUGCCGGCUAAGAACGUUGCUGGUGGCUCCGCUGGCCGGAUUCCUUCAAACUUGGCCGUUCCCCCUGUUGUCUAA